UGUAUCUAAUUUUGAAUUCAAUUCUCAGCUGAGUAGAGGAAGAAGAUAAACUACUUCCCUCUCCCUACAAAACCAACUGCACCGAUUACGAAGUUUUGUGGAAACUAAAUAAACAUCAAAGUCCUAGAUCUCAAGAAAUGUGCAAAGAAUUGUGCCUCCAUGACCGGUUUGAACCAAAUAAGAAUGUAUCGCUACCAUUUCAUAUGCUCGAGUACCCUCUAGAAUUGUGCUUUGGUAGGAAUUGUAUGACUUCUUCAGAAGACGAAGAAAUCCUAGAGAGAUGCAAAAGGAAUUGCAAAGCAUCUUGCAGAAAUCUGAAGUACAUCUUUACAGUACACGAAACUUUUCUAGGAAAUUCUAAGAAAGAAAAUAUUGAUUACUAUUCUCAAAAAGACAAAAUUCAAGUAGACAUUUCGUUGGGAGAUCGUCAAGUUGUAGUACAGCGCCAUGAUCCUGAAUAUACUACUGGUUACCUCUUCAGUUAUAUUGGAGGUCUGAUGGGUUGCUGGCUGGGAGUCUCGAUGUGGGCUUUCGCUGGAAUAGCAGAAAAUGCUUUUCUAAGAGCGAUUCAAUGGAUGGAGCAUAUCAAACGAAAUUUUAAAGAAUCUUCUGUAGCACAACGUACUGUUUUUUCAACACGCAAGAACAAUGUACACAUUAUUAAAGUUUCCUGAUUUUUUUAUAUAGAUUUUUUUUUAUUAAUAAAAAAGUUUCGCACGAUUAGAUGGUAAAGUUUACCGUGUGUUUGUGCAGUAUUUCACAACAAUA